AUGUAUGGACCGCUCGACGAUGACCAGCUGGACUUGUCUGUUGAUCCGAACCGCCAGGUCAUCAGCCUCCCUACCUUCAGUGCGCGGCGAAGGAUUUCUAGUCAAAAGCAUAUCGUGACCAGGCAACAAGAAGCUCUUGCUUUCGGAGCUCCCUUUAUCAAGAAGGACUACCUGCUCGAUUGUCAAGGGACUCCACGACGGUUGUACGAAAUCUUCUCAGGCGAAUUUGAUAUGCUUUCACAUCUCCUGAGCUUGGUCGAAUGGGUACCAGUCCUCACGAACACUCCAGAAGAGCCGGAAUCUCGAGCAUAUCGAUUUUAUCGACCUAACUACAACAUUCUGCGUCAAGCGCUGGAUGACAUUCGUCAGCAAGCAAAAAUUUUGUUUGAUGCACAGCAGAUCCCCUUACCGCCACUGCCAACAUGGGGCGAUAAAUACCACUGGGACUGCUUCUACCUAGAGAAUGACUUCGAGAUUCUGGGCGUCUGUUUCAGAGCUGAAGUUGAGAACUUCCUUGUUAUCCUCGAGAAAAACCAUCUGUUUGAGGACAAUAUACUGGACGAAGUAAGCAUGAAGGGUAUCGAGGACUUCCGUCGCAACGCAGCAUUUGCGUCAAGGAAGAAAGAAGCGCGCACCACUCGAAGAAGCCGACCCCGGAGUCAAAAGGGGCUCGUCCCCUGCCGACAUUGCGGAAGCGGACGGCGCGUCAACUUUGCUGGGGCAUCCAAUGAAGAAAUUGAGGCCCAGAGCGCAUAUGACGAUCUCUACUAUAGCCUCGAAAUAGACUCCGAUGGUGCUGAACUUGGGCAGGGUUUUGACGUCCCCCUCCAGCCUACUGAACCUUUGAUCCAGCAAGACAGCUCAGACUUGCUAGAGACGGGGAAUAAUUCAGCUCUGGAGGGGAAUACCGAGUCAAGGGACUCACCUGACCCGAAUGGCACUGGACUACCUGAGUAUUCCGUAAGGCAGGUGGAUUGCUCGACAUUCGCUGCAAAGCCUGCUCUGAAUCGGAAAACAUGCAGACGGUUAGCUCGAGAAAUUCGCGCACACAAUUACCACGUGGUCCACUCACCAGACGACGAAGGAAAGACUGUUAUUGAACUACGGAAGCACAUGGCUCGACCGCCGGGGAGUUCGUUCUUAGGAUCGAGUGCCACCGAGACUGUCACAACAGUCAAUAGUAUCACCACUGACCCAAUACGAGUCAUCGUUGAUCCUGGCUCGGACAUCACCCUAAUAUCGCGGAAGGCACUCGAAUCACUCACCACGCGGCUGAAGAUUAAGACAGGGCAUGAUAUACGGCUUAUCCAGGUCACCGGCAAGUCUUCAAUCUCGGGCUUCGUGACGUUGGACUUGUACUUCCACACCGAGGAAGGACCAGUAAAGCUGAAUGUCGACGCAUAUGUGGUCGACGGGAUGACUGCCCCAUUAAUCCUGGGAAACGAUUUCGCUGACCAGUACUCAAUGUCCAUUCUGGGUAACGAUGGAAUCACUUACCUUCAAUUUGGCAACUCAGGAAGGCGCUCCCGCGUGGAAAGCUCAACGGCGCCAUCUAUGACUGACGACGAGGGCCAUGCCUUCCAAGUAAGGCCCAAGUUCCGCGUUCCCCACCUGCACAAGUCCCGCGCGCUAGCAUUCAUCGACGGAACCAGAAGCUGA